AUGAUCGAAUGUAACCUUUCUUUUAAUUACAUUCACGAUUAUAAUUUAAAUGAAGAUUUUUUUUCCUUUUUAUCCGUUCAACCAAAAGACGCUGUAAUUUAUGUUUUGGAAAAAAUAUUUGAAGAGAAAAAUCGUAUAUACGAUCCUUUAUUAUAUUUACGUUCAGAGAUCAAGAAACGUAUUAAUGUUUCUGUCAAAUUUAAUGAAGUACCUAAUCAUUGUGCAAUGAUGCGUAAGGUAGUAGUAACUCCUACUACUAUGUAUAUGUUACCUCCAACUAUGGAAACUUCUAAUCGAGUGAUUCGUAAUUAUGAAUAUAAAAAAGAUAAUUUCUUACGAGUACAUUUUUCUGAUGAAGCAUCAAAUCCAAUCGGUUCAUCAAGUGGAAAUUUUAAUGAUACUUUUAAUGAUGCUUUAUAUAAUAGGAUUUAUUAUACAUUAAAUAAUGGUAUUAAAAUUGGAAAUGUACAUUAUGAAUUUUUGGCCUUUUCUUCAAGUCAAUUGAGAGAUCAUUCUUGUUGGUUUUUCGCAUCAACUGAGGAUUUAACCGCAAAUAAUAUAAGAAAGUGGAUGGGUGAUUUCUCGGAUAUCAAAACUGUUGCAAAAUAUGCUGCACGUAUGGGUCAAUGUUUUUCAAGUACUAGAGUGAUUCAAUAUGUUCCAGUUAGUGAUAUUAAAGAAAUUCCCGAUAUAAUUAGAAAUGGGUAUACAUUUUCUGAUGGUAUAGGAAAAAUAUCUUUUUCAUUAGCAGAAGUAAUUGCAAAAGAAUUAGAUUUAAAAAGAAUUCCAAGUGCUUUUCAAUUUAGAAUGGCGGGAUAUAAAGGAGUUUUAUGUCAAUCACGUUAUUUGAGAGCAAAUCAAGUUCAAGUUCGUCCAAGUCAACAUAAAUUUAAAUCAAAUCAUAAUAUAUUGGAAAUUGUUAGAUGUUCAUCUUACCUUCCAUCUUAUCUUAAUAGGCAAGCCAUUACAUUAUUAUCAGCAUUAGGAAUACCAGAUGAUGUAUUCAUUCGAAUGAAGGAUCAACAAGUCAGUGAAUUGAGUAGAAUUUUUGAAAGUGAUCUUUUAGCGUUAAAUGUUUUACAACAAAAUAUUGAUGAAUAUGAAACUUCACAAUCACUUAUAGAAUUAGUAAAAGCUGGAUUCCUACAAUCAAAAGAUCCUUACUUAAUUAAUUUAAUUUCUUUAUUUCGUAUCAAGAUGUUACAAGAUCUUAAAAAGAAAGCAAAAAUUCGUGUGGGUAGAGGAGCAUUUUUAAUGGGUGUAUUAGAUGAAACGAAAACUUUAAAAGAUAAUGAAGUGUAUUGUUGUAUAUCUGAUCCUUGUAAUCCAUCUAAAAGAAAAGUAAUUACUGGAACUUGUAUUGUAUACCGUAACCCUUGUUUUCAUCCUGGAGACAUACGAAUCGUUAAAGCUGUAUAUUGUAAUACUUUGAGCAAUCUGAUGGAUGUAUUGGUAUUUCCUUCAGUUGGAUAUCGUGAUAUUCCAAAUCAAUGUAGUGGUGGUGAUCUAGACGGUGAUGAUUUUACAAUAAUUUAUGACGAACAUCUAAUCCCAAGUGAAGCGCAUGAACCCAUGAAUUAUAAAUCUAAAAAACCAAAACCGGUCGAUCAUGUAACUAUGGAAAGCAUUAAAGCAUUUUUUGUAAAUUAUGUAUUUUCUGAUCAACUUGGUAAGAUCGCCAAUGCUCAUUUGGCAAAAGCGGAUUCUUUUCCAAAUGGCGCACUCCAUGGACAAUGUAAAGCUCUCGCUCAUUUACACUCGGAUGCUGUAGAUUUUCCAAAAACGGGAAUACCGGCAAUAGUUCCACAGGAACUUCGUGUAGAACGCUUUCCAGAUUUUAUGGAAAAACAUGAUAAACUAAGUUACGAAUCUGAAAAAGUUCUGGGUAUUUUAUAUCGUUCUAUUAAAGUAGUAGACUAUGAACGAUAUACUAGUUUGAAUUUCGAUAAAAGGUUAUUAUAUGUUGAAGGAUAUGAAAAAUAUUUAAAUAAUGCAUUAAGACUUAAACGUGCAUAUGAUGCAGAGAUAAAAGGGGUCAUGAAUCAAUUUGGAAUUAUGACCGAAUUUGAAGUAGUUAGUGGAUACAUUAUUAAUACAAUUACCAAAAUUGAUAAGAAAAAACCAAGAAAUGUAAUAAAAUCUGUAAUGGAUACAAUAAUUCCAAUUAGAAAAAGUUACCGAAAAAAAUUUGAGGAAGAGUUUUAUGAAGAAGGAACUAAAAUUAUUCCAUCAACAGCUUCUGAUCAAAUGAAAUCAAAAGCCGUUGCUUGGUACUGUGUAACGUAUGGAUUGAAGGAUGAAGAUAUGAUAUCUUUUCCUUGGAUUGUGUACGACAUUUUAUGUGAAAUUGUUAAAAAUAGUAAGAUUAAAUGA